UUGUGUUUACAUGUGGAGGCUGGCGUCAGGUGGUGGUGUGGCGGGCUGCUUUCUUGGUAGGAACACCUCUACCUUCCUCACACUCGCAUGCCUGGUGUGCACACCUCUGGCUGGGCUGGCGAGGACACCAGUGGUGUGACUGGCAACGACACCAGUGGUGUAACUGGUGAGGACACCUGUGGUUUGACUGCGAACAUCACAAUGUCAGAGGAUGAUGAUGAUUAUGGACCUCCUCUAGCAUUAAAGUGGACAGACCAUAAGCAAGUUCUUACUCGGGUUAUGUCAGUUUUGCGGCACAAGGAAUUGUUUGCUGAUGUUACAUUGAUCUGUGGUGAGAAACAUUAUGCCGUUCACAAGUUUGUACUAUGCACUUGUAGUUCGUAUUUAGAGAAGCUACUCGAUUGUGCACCGGGUGAUCAUCCAGUGUUGGUUUUGACGGAAACCCCUAUUGAAGCUGUCGAGGCGAUGCUCGACUUUUUGUACCUGGGCCAGGCAGAUCUUAGAACGGAUAAUUUGGAUCAACUUCUUGAUCUUGCACACGAGUUCAGAAUUAGAGGAUUAAUAAGCUCCAAGGAUUAUCCAGACAAACAAAAAUGCAGAGAGGAUGCAGCAAAACCCGAUGUUGCGAUGCACAUGCCAGAUAACACCAUAAAAUCCAGGAAACCCAAGGAUUCAGCUGAGCAGAAACAUUCGGUGGAUAAACCAGAUGAUAACCCAGAUGACGACCCAGAUGACGACCCAGAUUACGACCCAGAUUACGACCCAGAUUACGACCCAGACGACGACCCAGACGACGACCCAGACAACUACCCAGAUGACACCUCGGAGACAAAGAGUAAUCACAAGAAGAACAGGGAUCAAGAUGCCAAAGGUAGUGACAGUGUAAAAAUAAUGGAAGAAAUGAAUGAAAGUAAAAGUUGUAAAGUUUUUCAAUGUAAAUAUUGUAAACAAGUGUUUGAUACAUCAAUUGUAUUGGAGAGACAUGAAUUAAGUCAUCUGGAGAAACAGUUCUUACCGUGCCCUGAGUGUCCAUUCAGAACACUAGAUAAAGUUUCUUUAAACAAGCACAUUUCAAAACAUGUGAAAGCAAAGCUGUUCUCUUGUCCUUACUGCCCAGCUCAUCACUCCCUUGAAAAGCAACAUGUUACACACCAGAGACGAACACAUCCCAACAAGAAGGUCGUUAUUAACACAUCUUCAGUUCCAACCUUAAAGUCGCGUGAUAAAGUUCAAAAGGGCAAGUCAGUUCAAGAAUGUUCGGCAGCAUCGCCACCUUUCUCAAAGAAAAUGUGCAAAUCCUUACGCUCGGACUCCUCGCUGUUGCCAGCACGAGAAAGUAAUAUAAGCAACAGAGGUGGUUCUUCACUCUCACCAACGACAAAAGUUCUCAAUAGUCCAAAAUCCAGUGCUUCCUCAUCACCAUCAUCCAAAGUUCACGAAUUAAUAAAACUGUCAGCAUCACCGCCUCCAGAGUUGCCAAGCCGUGCCAAGUCCGUCUCUUCCUUAUCGCCACCAGCUAAAGUUCGAAGAAUCGGUAGAAAUAGUACAUCUCCUGUAUUGCCAUCAAGAAAGCAAAAAAGGCGUAGAUCUAGUUCUUCGUCUUCAGUUAAGGCUAAAUCUGGUAAGGCAGUUAUGUUGUCAUCUCCGACGCCAGAGGUGCCAAGUGAUAAUAGAUGUAGCUCAUCUUCCUCACAGUCGUCAGGAGUCGGGAUAAGGUUGAGCAUGUCGCCCUCGUCGCUACAAGAUUUCUCUAGAAGUUCAAGCUCGAGCUCUUUGAUCAGAAGCCCUGGAGGCAGUCCUUCAAAUUCACCGCCAUCUAAAUAUCGGCGAACGACAAGAUCUAGCACUAAGGCAGAAUCAUUAAGAAGACAGUCUAGAGAGAAAUGAAUUGCAUUUUUAUAAAUGUUUCGAAUUUGUAAAUGACAUCGCUCAUUCAUAAAAAAAUUAAGGUUUAAAGAAGUCAAAUAUAUUAACAUCAUAAGAGAUAUUUUCUUAAUUAUUUCAGUGUUAAUUUUUUACUGUAUAAAGAUUAAUUUUUUUACUGUAUAAUUUUUUACUGCUAAACUUUGAUGUAGCUUAUCCAUAUCACCUCAAAAAAUUGUACCUCCUUUCUAAUGUAAAUCUGAUAUCAUGCAUAGAGCAGUUAGAUCUUAGAAGAUAGCUCAAAUUUUAGUGCUCAAAAGCCUCAGUUUCAAGAUAACUAUUAUCCAUAUCACCUCAAAAAAUUGUACCUCCUUUCUAAUGUAAAUCUGAUAUCAUGCAUAGAGCAGUUUGAUCUUGGAAGAUAGCUCAAAUUUUAGUGCUCAAAAGCCUCAGUUUCAAGAUAACUAUUAUCCAUAUCACCUCAAAAAAUUGUACCUCCUUUCUAAUGUAAAUCUGAUAUCAUGCAUAGAGCAGUUUGAUCUUGGAAGAUAGCUCAAAUUUUAGUGCUCAAAAGCCUCAGUUUCAAGAUAACUAGUCACUCUUUCAUGUCAUGUCAUGUUUAUUAAUUAAUAUUUUAUUUUAAUAGCAAGCAUUGGUUACUCUGCGUAUAUGUAAGUAACAAUAUGAAAUAUCUUGUUUCUUUUUCACUCAUGUGUUGCUUUUUUUUUUUACAAAUCAAAUUUUAAUUUUAAACAACAUUGCUACAGUAUUCUUAAAAUAAAGUGUUUAUAUUAAUAGGGAAAUAAUACAAUGUAAAUGUUUAUAAUUGGGCAUUUUUUUUUUUUUUAAAUGCAUAUGCUUUAGUUUACUAUGCUUGUCAUGUGUCUGCUGUAAUUAAUUUGGGUCUUGCCCAUCAAACCUGUUUUAUUUUGAAGAUAAAAACUUCAUACCUGUUGCAGGCGAUGAGUCACAAUAACGUGGCUAAAGUAUGUUGACCAGACCACACACUAGGAGGUGAAUGGUUCAGGACGGACCGAAACGUCGUCGUCCCUUCACCUUCUAGUGUGUGGUCUGGUCAACAUUCUUCAGCCCCAUUAUUGUGAUUCAUGAUUUGCACUUCAUACCUAUUGCAGUAUAAUUUUUGGAUGCCGUCAACUCAUUCUUGUCUCUCAUGUUGUGGUAUCUGCAUGAUGUUUAGUCUUUAAACAGCACAGUACUGAUGUUUUAAGUACCGUUAUACAUUAAUUUCACAUACAGUAGACUCCCAUUCUUACGUGAGGGAUGUGUUUGUGAGUCUCUUACGUGAGACUUCGUGUCACACUGGACAUCAUAGUAUUUUAUUUUGGGUUUUGUGAGAGAAUAAGAUGCAUUCCAGGACAAAGAAUUUUAUUAUUUAGAAAAUUAAGUGGUGUCAAGACAGUCAAAUAUUAAGAUUUAUUAACUCUAUCCAGUACAACACAGUUAAGUUAAUGCAAUAGUUUUUACAAAUUUGUAUGAAUAAUAUUACAGUAUGUAGUACAAAAAUACAAUCUUUAGUUGUGUAAAAAUGCCUCUUUGGGUUGCUUCGGGAUGGACUGUGGGGAAAUUUUGGGAUGAAAUUGAAAACUAUUAAAUUAGGUUCUGUUGGAUAUCCACCAUACUAGUGGGAUGAAAUUCAGUAUGGAAAGGAGGGGGGGGAGGAGCUGUGUACCAGAUCUGUUUUAAUAUUGAUGUAUAUUGUAAUGCUGCUUGAGCACGUUCCUACUGUUCCUAUUCAUAACGUUACCCAAUAACUAACGGUUUUGAGUACAAAUUUUAGUGCAAUUAUUUUUUUUGCUUAAUAUUAUUCUAUUUUAUCAUUAAAAACUAUAGAAAACACAUUUGUGUAUAUUUUGAUACAAAUAUUAAUUGGAAAAGGUAUAUUUAUAAAUAUUUAAUUGAUUUUUUUUUAAUUUUUGCCAUCAAAUUCUGUUACAAAUAUUUGGUCUCACUCCACCAAAAGUCAUCCGUUGCUUUCCAUUUAAAAUGACCAUAAAAGAUCAUGCUACAAGAAUGGAAAUCUUCUGUUGCCACGGAAUUUCUGCCACCCAGUUCCUUUUCAAUGAGUGUCAACUAUAAGUGUAUUUUUUUUUAUGAUUUUCAUAAGUGAAUGAAUUUUAAGAAAAGAGUCGAGGCCAUUGGGUGUGGGUAAAGUAAGGUUUAUAGUUGGUUUUUAUUUUGAGUUUUCAGACCAUCAUUCAUCAUCUUAGGUGAAUCAUUGAGCUUCAAUUUUAAAAUAAGGCUGUGAUAUAGACUAGGGGGGGGGGGAGAUAGAGCUGUAUAGUCAGGUUAUGCUGAUGUAUAUUCAUCAUGUGUUGUGAUGUAUUUCGUGCAAUAAGUUCACUCUUAAAUGUAGGCGAUGAAUCACAAUAACGUGGCUGAAGUAUGUUGACCAGACCACACACUAGAAGGUGAAGGGACAACGACGUUUCGGUCCGUCCUGGAUCAAAUUCUUCUAGUGCGUGGUCUGGUCUUCACUCUUAAAGGAAAGGAGGAAAAAAAAAAGCAGCACAUAGGAUCUAAUAUUGUACUGCUUGGAUCUCAUUUUUUGUUUGCAGAACACAAGUUUUAUAGGAGUUGGGACCAGAGGCAUUGAGUAGUCAACAAAGACACGACUAGGACCUGUUGGCUUUAGUUAAUAUUUUCUCUCUUAACCUGCUGUAGGAAAAUCUUUUACUGGUGAUUCUCUUCCAAAGGAAUUUUGUAGUUCUUUAUUAGGUGGUGCUACACUAGUAGUUGAAAUUUUAAUUAUAAAUUACUUUGGGGGGAGCAUUUUAGUGUACUGGAAUCUUUUAGAGUUUCUAAUAAAGGUUUGGAAAAUUCAGAAUAUAAUUAAAUUGUAUUUGAGAGUUUUGUAGUUGGGAAAUAUUUGUUGAGCUUGAUUCUUAAUCCACAAAAGUUGUCUUUGGCUUAUAUUAGCCUAUACGGUAAUGGAAUGUUUUACUACUUAAGAAAGUUAAUCUUGGUUACAACUAUUUGUUUUGCUAUUAUUGUUGUCUGUAUAAGUUUUUUCAUGUUCCUGAGGCAGCAUUUUUUUUUUUUUUUAAAUUAGGAUUUGGUACUGUACUGCUGUUUAAAUUUUUUCUCCUAAAUUUUUAUUACAUGUUCUGUUAGCUGUAGAAGCGUGACGUUAUCACUUACAUUUGGCUGUUCUCUAAAUAAUCGGCAUCGAUUAUGCUAUUAUAUCAGUCCCAAUGAAAAAUUAGCGUCCAAGAAAUUUUCUUCUUAGUCUUAUUUUGUGCUGAUAGUAAAUUGUUGGUAACUCGGGGGAGGUUACCUUACCUUGAGGUUACCUUGAGGUGCUUCCGGGGCUUAGCGUCCCCGCGGCCCGGUCGUCGACCAGGCCUCCUGGUUGCCGGACUGAUCAACCAGGCUGUUGGACGCGGCUGCUCGCAGCCUGACGUAUGAGUCACAGCCUGGUUGAUCAGGUAUCCUUUGGAGGUGCUUAUCCAUGACACUGAGGGGAAGCUCAGUGUUGCAAAAUUAUUUGUGCAAUAUUGCACGAAAUGGUUUCUGGACUUGUCUUCAGUUCUGUCAAACAACGUCAAGAUCAUGUGUGUGUGUGUUGGUAUCUGGACCCUUCCUCUUCAGGUCCAUAAACUAUGUCAUGCUCAUCAGUGUUGGAAAGUAGGAUAAAUUGUGGGGUUCAAUUCCUGGUAAAGCCAGAUAGGUCGAUAAUGAUCUUGAGUGAAACUUGUGAUAUGCUAGCACCUAAUGGGGUGUUAAAUUGAUCGCUCUCCAUCUCCAGUUAUUGUUCCUUGUCGAUCUAUAUUAAGAUUCAAGCACUGAAAGCUGAUUAUUUUAUAGUCUUAGUUUUGAGUUUAUUUUUUAUACCUGUUUGACAUAUUUUUCAACAAUACUUUUUUUUUAUAGAGCAAGAGUUAUAUUAAUGUUUAUUCUUUUAUUGAAAGCAGUACCUUUUUCUUUUCUGUUUUAAAUACAAAAUAUAACAAAGUUAAGUAAACAUACAGGUGAUAUGUCCACUCCUUAGUAGUUGAUAUUGUAACAAGUAGUUGAUAUAUGUUUUAAAGCAAGCAUGUCAAACAUGCGGCGUUUUGCAAGCACACCUGUGGCCCACACAAAGGAUACUGUAAUUUGAUAUGUAAUAUAAUAAAUAAUAUAAUAUAGAAAAAUAUUCUGCAAUAAUUUGUAUUAAAUCACUUUAUUAGUUUGGAGUGUAUGGCCCUUAUGACAACACAAAUGUGGCCCAUAUGGCCCUUGGGGGACCCUCAGUUGUGGUGUAUGGCCCUUAUGACAACACAAAUGUGGCCCAUAUGGCUCUCGGGGGCCCCCCUCAGUUGUGGUGUGUGGCCCUCAUGACAACACAAAUGUGGCCCAUAUGGCUCUCGGGGGGCCCCCCUCAGUUGUGGUGUGUGGCCCUCAUGACAACACAAAUGUGGCCCCAUAUGGCCUUCGGGGAAUUCUCAGUUUGACAUACCUCAUUUAAAUGGUAACAUUGUGUAAAGAAAAUGUGCGAUAGGAAUUAAUAAUACAAAAAAUGAUUACUGUAUUAUAAUACAUAUUUUUCGAAAGUUAUUAAAAUUGUGCCUUUUUAUGUUUAAUGCUGCAUAUGCUCGAAUUGUACAUUGCAAGUCGCUACUGAACACUUCUACUUAAAUUCUUCCACAGUUUUUAACUAAAUAGGACUUUAAAAAUAUAAGCAUUUAUUAUUUUGAGGAAAGUAAUACUGAAUGUAUUUCUAAUUCAGUAUUAGUAAAAUGUUAAAUGUGUGACUAAUGAAUGGAAAAUACUCCUUAGACCAGCUGUGAAUUGUCUCCCUGUCUGCUAGUUGUACAAGGUCACCUAUGUGAUCUGUUAUAUAUUUCUCCUUAAUUAUACUUGUAUCACAUCCAGACAUCUUUUAUGCUUCCCAAGAUUACGUACAAUCUUUGGAAGAGUUUAGGGAGUGAUGCGCGUAAUGUAACAGCAAACAUCAAGAAAAUGUAAAAGUGUUUGGCCAUUCUCUGUAAUACUUGGGGCUUCCAGUGGUAAUGUUAUGCAUUAAUUACCUUUAGUCAAAAUGGAGCUGUACUUGAAAUUGUUUGAUACGUAGAAUGUUAUAAAGUUUUAAUUAUAUAGCAUUUAUUAUACGACAGUGAUGGUGCUACGUAGUCUCUACAGCUUGGUGCCUUCUUCUGGUAAUUACUCUAAUUACUUAUACUUAUUCCAUAUUAAAAUGUUCUUUCUUAAGAAAUGUAAUGUUUAUUUUGGCAUCAUUCUGCUAUUUUAAUUUCCUGUUGCUUUAUUCUUUAGCAUAAUGUGGCUGAUGCAUAUUGUGUGUUUCAAGCCAUAACUUGUGAUAAAUAAUCACUGCCACAGUGUAUAAUGUUUGUUUCAUGUCAAGAAACAAAGAGCUGUUUUGUUAACAGUUGGUACAGUAUAAUAAAGUUUUCAGUUCAUUGGAACAUAAAGCUGUAUGGGAUUAAUGUUUUCAUUUAUUGAUGUUUACGUCUUCAAGGCUUGCAGUUUUACUUGCAGUCUCCAGUCAUGUUUGUAUACAUAGGCUUGGCCUUAUAUAUUUAUAAUCCAUUUUAAAUAAUACUGAUUUUGGUUUGAAAUUUGUGCAAUAAUUUGAAAAUGGCUGUAAUGUUGUGGUUUAGAAACCAAAGAAAAACACUUAUUUAUUCAAAUUCAUUUUUAUUCUCAUUCUAUUGUGAAAUUUUAAUUUUUUUUUAAAUAUAAAUAAGUAGGUAUUUUUUCUCAUUAUUUAUAGACGACAAAUAAUUUUAUUUGGUUAGCACAUAGCCCUUAUAUUAUUAAAGUCUAAUUUUAAUUAAAUUUGUUUAUUUAGCUCUGUGAAGCAUUUUAGUUUUGCAGUGCCAGUAUUUGUUAUGAAACUACAGUACUAUACUGGUAUUAAAUUUUUUUAAUUUAGUUGUGAAAAUUGGUUUAUUAUUUUGGAAACUACAUUGUGAAAUGUUGGUUGUACGGAAACUGUGUGGGAUGCCAUCGGCAGACCCGCAAGUUGAAGGGUUCCUAUACUGCUAUUAUUUAGUUGUGAUAUUACAUUACUAAAUGUUUACUAGAAAAACAAAGAAUGUUAUAAAUUAGUUAGGCAGUUGUAGAAAUUUCUCUCUUUUUAGUGUAGAGGUACAGAAUUUUACCUAUUAAAAUAAAUUUAUUAGAAUUUA